CGACGCCUACCGAGUUGCGUGUUUGGGAGUGACGGAGAAGGACUGGGAGGCCCUUGCUCACGAGUCGCUCGAGGGGCUGGACUUCCACAACGCUAAGAAAGCGUUCGUCAGAAUCCGCGAUCUCAGAUACCUGGAGUUGAUCAGCAAUAUCGAGGACCGGAAGAAGAAGGGGGAGAUCGACAACAACAUCUUCCUCGCUGACAUCUACUCGUACCAGGGAAAGUUCACCGAGGCAGCGAAGCUCUACCGGCGAUCGGGACAGGAGCAGAAGGCCAUGACCAUGUUCUCUGACCUACGCAUGUUCGACCAGGCCAAGGACUUCAUCCCGAGCGGCGACGUUCAGGACAAGAGAGCGUUGAUGGCGAAGCAGGCUGAGUGGGCGCGCAGCAGCAACGAGCCGCGGGCCGCUGCCGAGAUGUACAUGUCAGCGGGCGACUACGUCAGAGCCGUCGAUAUCAUAGGAGAGCACGGCUGGGCCGAAAUGUGAG